AUGCUUAAGGACAGGCACGGAGAUUAUUACAUUGGGAUUGAUGUAGGCACUGGCAGUGCCCGUGCCUGUGUCAUUGACGAUAAGGGCAGCAUUGUUGGUCUCGCAUCGCAAGACAUCAAAACAUGGCAACCGCAUCCGGAGUUCUAUGAACAAUCGACCAUCAACAUCUGGGAUAGUAUCUGUGCCGCUGUCAAACAAGCAGUUCAGCAAUGUGGCGUGCCAUCGUCGAACAUCCGAGGUCUUGCAUUUGAUGCUACUUGCUCCCUGGCUGUUUUCAACAAGGACACCGACAAUCCAGUCUCUGUUAGUGGCUCAGAGAUCAGCAAUAACCGCAACGUUAUUCUAUGGCUGGAUCAUCGCGCGAUGAAUGAGACCAAGAUAAUCAAUGCGACCGGCCACCCUGUCCUGCAGUACGUCGGGGGCGGGAUGUCACUGGAAAUGGAGAUGCCCAAGAUCCUCUGGCUGAAGAAGCAUAUGAAUCCACGCAGGUUUAAUGACUGCAAGUUCUAUGAUCUCGCAGAUGCCCUCACCCACCUUGCGACCGGAAAAGAGACUCGCAGCUAUUGCAGCGUGAUUUGCAAGCAGGGUUACCUUGCAUCUGGCAUCGACUGUGGGGAAGGGGGUUGGCAAUUGGACUUUUUGACUUCGAUCGGCCUCGAAGAGCUUGCUACUGAUGAUUUUUCUCGACUUGGCGGUAUCAACGGCAAGAACGGCCAGUAUCUCAGUGCGGGCGAGUGCGUGGGACCACUAGGUGAAAAGGCUGCUGCCGAACUAGGGCUUUCGCCCGGCAUCGCCGUCGGUAGCGGAGUCAUCGAUGCCUAUGCAGGUUGGAUUGGCACGGUUGGUGCAAAUGUCGACCUCGGACUCGAUAGCUCGACUGACGAGAAAGAGCACGUCUCCCAUCGGUUGGCGGUAGUGGCCGGCACAUCAACCUGUCAUUUGGCCAUGUCGACCGAUGAGUUGUUCGUCCCUGGUGUCUGGGGCCCCUAUCGGGAUGUUCUCUUUCCUGGCGCAUAUCUUGCCGAAGGAGGCCAGUCGGCUACGGGUGAGCUCAUUCGACAUAUUGUUGAGAGCCAUCCAGCGUACUCGGAAGCAAAGACGGAAGCAAAGACAGCUGGCAUCCAUAUUUACGAUUACAUGAACAACUACCUUCGCGAAGAAACCAAGCAAACCCAGGUGGCUCAUGUGGCCCAGCUGGCAAAACACUUCUUUUUCUACGGCGACUUAUGGGGCAACCGAUCUCCAAUUGCAGACUCACAAAUGAGCGGCACAAUCAUCGGACUACGAAGCGAUCAGUCAAUUAAGAACCUCGCUCUGCAUUAUUACGGGGUUUUAGAGUUUAUCGCGCUGCAAACACGCCAGAUUGUGGAGACGAUGAACGAACACGGGCAUCAAAUCUCGACGAUCUUCAUGUCAGGCUCCCAGACGCAAAAUGACCUCCUGGUUCAUUUAAUUGCGUCCGCUUGCAGAAUGCCAGUGGUACUUCCCGAAUAUGUUCAUGCUGCUGUCUGCCACGGUGCUGCUAUGCUGGCAGCUAUGGCAGCCAGUGGGAGCUCAGGGGCAAAGUCGGAAGAUUUGUGGGGGAUAAUGCGUCAAAUGAGCAAACCUGGCCGACGCGUGGACCCUACCAACAAUAGGCAGGAGCAACGGCUUCUUCAAGCCAAGUAUGAAGUGUUUUUGGACAUGUGUUUCAAGCAGCGUGAGUACAGGGAGCUUGUGAAUGAACGACUCAACACUGCGGAAUAG